AUGUCCAGCUACCAGGUUAAGUCAGGCCAUGACAGUGACAGCUACUUCAACGAUUCGUUUUAUUCGUCAAACUCCAUUGACAAUUCUGAUCAUGCACGCAACUUUCGAAACUCUGUAAUACUACCGGAGAUGUCGAGAGACACCAGUUACGAUUCUGGGUUGAGACUUCCAAAUGCAGAGAAUAUGCACGAAUUUGAAGAUUUUCAUGAAGCCAACGACCAUUCUAGUGCCCUUUCAGACGUGGAAGAGACAGAGACAAAAACUCUAAAAGUGACAGCUUCGCCUUCCUUGAGUGCACUUUCAGGUAUUUUGACCGACAAAACUCGUAGAGUGGAAAACCGCAUGAGAAAUAGUACGCUAUUAGAGCAAUCGAUACGAGAAGAAAGUCCGUCUCUCAAGAGUGAUUCCGAGGCGUUGGUCAAAGAAUCACCAAAUCUAAUCGACUUUGACGGAUCAAAUGAAGGCAAUUUUGCGAGAUUCAAGCAAGAAUAUAAACAAGAUGCAGUGCAGGAGCAGCCCGAUUUUCUGAUGACCCCGAAGCUGGACCCCCCAACUCCUCGAGUUGAACCUGCGGGUUUGGAAUUCACAAAUUCGGCUGAAACAAGACAAGAUUCACUGCCCCAGGCAGCGAAAACUGAUACCAAAAUGAAUCCCGAAACUUCAGGCGUCCUUUCUGUACACACAGAGUCUACAAGAAGCUCAAAAACGCCACGUCCGAUUACAAAGAAGCAGGCUUCUUCGAUAAGGUCAUUUUCAGGCGUGUCCUCAAGCUCUCGUGGUUCCAUCGAGCCCUCGGGAAAGGAAUUUGGUGAGGCUAAGAAGCGUAAAAACAUCUUUUCGUUUUUGAAAAGAAAACCUCAAAAAUCUGCGUCUUUCAUUGUCAAGAACCCUGAUCCAGGGGUCUCACUGCCGACUUCGUCAACAUUUUCCAUUCCGAAGACUGAGGAAGAUGACGGUCUUCCAGCAUCAACUCGUCUGACGAAAAAAUCGCACAGCAACGGUAGUAUUUUUAGCGCCUUCAGGAAGAACAAAAAUGGUAGCAGAGAAAGGCUGGCUGGUAAUUCAGCAUUGCCAAAGCAACGCAACGAACAAAAAUCCUCAAUUUCCAUUCACGAUGACGUCCCAAUAAAACGCGAUAUCCGAAGCCGCAAGCCGACCCCGCUGGACUUUGAACACCGUGCUCAAACUAUGCCUCACCUCGAAGACAAUGCAAUCGUUCAGGCUCCUGCUGAAAAGAAAGAGAAUAAAUUGUUAGAUGAAGGCGAGGCUCCUCAACAUAGCUCACCUGGCCUAUCAUCUAAAGAGACUCCAAUUACCCUCGCGAAAAACAUAUCAUUAAGUCCUGCUCCACAAAUACCAGAGACAGGUGGAAUCGAUUCUGGAAAAGUAGAUUUUGGAGAAGUUUUAUUCCCCAAAUCCCUCAGUGCCCAAGAGGUCGAAUCCAUUGUGUCAUUGGAAAGGUCUCGCUCGGUCAAGUCGAACAAGAGAAAUUCAAUCAAUUCGCACCGCAGAUCCUUUACUGAUCAUAUUUCAGCUAAAGUACAAAAUGGAGGAAUGUAUAUCACUGAACCAUCAGGUGUUAAACUUUCCACGCCAGAUUUAACCAAAUCACCUACGAAUAGUAUACUCAGGAACGGAACUUUUGAUAGCCUGGAGUUCUCUCCUCAAAAAAGUACUAGUCGAAGUCAGAAAGAUUCCGCACCUCAGAGCAGUUCACUCAAUCCUGAGGAUAGAGAUUUUUCCUUUACUUCAAUCGAGCAGAAGCUGAACGAUCUGACGGUAGAUAGCGACAGUGAGGACAUUUACGCUGGCAUAAAGAAAAAAACUAAUGUAUCGGGGGCAGACAGCUACGAACACGAGUUCAUGUCAGACAUCAUGGAGUUUGCCAAUAUUAUCGAUUUUGGAAAAGAUUUAGAUUUGAAUUUGGAGUUCAACUCUAAUGAUAAUGCGUACCGCUCUUUAAAUCCGACGCAAAAAUCAAAGCAUUCUUUGAACGAGAGCAACAUUCCCCAGUCGGACUCUCUCAAUCUUGGAUUACCUUCCAAAGAACAGGAUUCGAACGCCAACGAUGUCAAACUCGGGCCUUCAUUGGCCGCCUUGAGUCAACGCAGUAAAGACAGUGAUCGUUCUGUAUCCGAAUAUCUGGCAUCAGGGAUCGGGACAGCAGACAAUGAUGAGGAGGAUUUUGAAGAUGAAAACUUCAACCAGCUGGAUGAAGAUAUAACCGAAGAAGAAAUCGCAUCGCCAUGGCAAAGCCCCCUCACGCAGGGUGGCAGACCUUUAUCGUUAUCCUUCAAAGGACUGCAUGCUAAUCAACUCAACAACCUGCCCCCGAAAACUCUGAUGCAGCCCUCUGGAAGUGCUUACACAAUGACGGACUCUUUCGCGGCGUCCACGUCCACGAAAACCGUUGCAUUUUCAUCUCAUAUUAUUCUCUAUGCCACCUACACCGAAUCCGAAUACGACAGGCAUCCGGACAUCGCGACCUGCAACCAGCUUACCCCACAACUAGCGCAGAUGAUCAAGGAUGAACUGAACAGUCUCAAAUCGGAGAUGGAGGUUCACGAGGAAUCAAAAUGCUAUACACACUUUUACUGA